GUUCGUUGCAGAGUUCGUUGUUUGAAAGCGAGAGCACGUUACGCUACGCUGUGAUUAUGGACUGGUCGCAAGAAAAAGUCCUGUCAUUUAUACAAUGUUACAAGAAUAGACCGAUACUAUGGGAUCCCAAGCACAGCAAACAUUAUAACAAACGGAAGAAAUUCUAUGUUUGGGCCGAACUAGCGAAGGAAAUGAACACACCGGAGGACGAAUGCAGACGAAAAAUGAUGAGCUUGCUGGCGUCCCUGAGAAGGGAGCGAGCAAAAAUAGCAAAAAGUCGAAGAUCGGGUAAAGGCCCUGGAGAUAUUUAUGUUAGUAAUUGGUUUGCUUAUAAACCGAUGGCGUUUUUGAACCAGAGAAAGCCACAUCCAAAUGCUACUUCCAACAUAAAAUAUUCUCAAGAAAUUGACGAAAAUAUUAACGAAGGUUUCAGUGAGAAUGAAGAAAAAAUGUCAAGUGAUUCUUCCGUUAAGGAAUAUGAGAAUCCUACACCUCUGAUGAAGAUAAAAACUGACACUGAAAUACCAGAAGAACCAGCUAUUUCUACUUACGCUGUUCUAAAGAGAUGCAACGAAACAACCGAAACAUCUGUAAGGACAAUGCCAGAUGAAUCUGAAAGUUUCGGUUUAUUUGUGUGGAAACAAACUGAAAUCUUAUUCUCGCGAAACCAGAAACGUG